UGUGCAGUUCGCUCCAUAAGCCGUUGGUGAACAUACCAUGAGACAGAGAGAGAGCGAGACAGACAGAAACCAUACACCAGCCUUUCCUCCUCACUUUCCCACCAUGGAAUAGCUAACCUUGCCCCCACGCACACCUCCAUCACCUCUCAGCCUCCUGCAAUUAUUUUGACCCUCUCUCUGGUCUUUUUGGAAGGAAGCUUCUGUCACUUCUUAACAUCACCUGCUUGGAAAAACACACAGAGGCAACCCCCCCCCCAAAGCCCUCCCGUGAAGGAAGAGGUCCUGUUUUUUAAUCUCUUUUUGUUUGCUCUGAUUCCAGAGCUUCAGACUCCAGCCUGAGCAGCCACAAUUUCUUACCAUGUAUUCUCCUUUUAAACCAUCUCCUUCCUGCACACGCUCAGUCCUCGCAGGCACGGAUCUAACACAACUCCCCGCUUCUCGCCGGCAGGUUCUUUGCUCCCCAUCACUCAGCUGAUCCUGAUCUUUUUUUCUCCUCUUCUCCCCACCCCGGGCACCAAGGUGUGUGUGUCUGCGUGUGAGUGUGCCUGUGUGCAAGGGGGGGAGGUGGGGGGGCCUUUUUUUUUCUUUGUCGGGGAAUUUUUUCAAAGCAUCUUCAUUAUUAUUUUAUUUUGCUUCUCUGACUUGGAGACUUCUCCCUCGGAGAUUUCUUUUCCAUGCAAAGGGGUUCUCGCUUGUGGCUGGCAUGGCAGAGUACGUCCCCCAGCCUCCCUCCACCUGGCCCGCAGGCCCACAGCCCCCUCACACUUCUGCCAUCUGCCCACUGGAACCUGUGGAUCUGGGCAUCUCGGAGCAACAAACGCCACCGGAGCAGCCGCCUUCCUCCCUGGAGCUGGGUGAGGAUGAAGAAGUCAGCUCCCCUCCGGAUCCUGAUAUCCCCUACCCAGACUUAGCCCCAGUUGUCUUCUUCUGCUUGAAGCAGACCACCAGCCCACGGAGCUGGUGCAUCAAAAUGGUGUGCAACCCCUGGUUCGAGUGUGUCAGCAUGAUGGUGAUUUUGCUAAACUGUGUUACCCUGGGAAUGUACCAGCCAUGUGAGGAUAUGGACUGCCUUUCUGACAGGUGUAAAAUCUUGCAGGUGUUUGAUGAUUUCAUCUUUAUCUUCUUUGCCAUGGAAAUGGUCUUAAAGAUGGUGGCCCUGGGGAUCUUUGGGAAGAAGUGUUACCUUGGAGAUACCUGGAACCGCCUGGAUUUCUUCAUUGUCAUGGCUGGGAUGGUGGAGUACUCCCUGGAUCUCCAAAACAUUAACUUGUCUGCAAUCCGUACUGUCCGUGUCCUGAGACCCCUGAAAGCUAUCAACCGUGUGCCUAGCAUGCGCAUCCUUGUGAACUUGCUCCUGGACACCUUGCCCAUGCUGGGGAACGUCCUUCUUCUCUGCUUCUUUGUCUUCUUCAUCUUCGGCAUCAUUGGGGUGCAGCUGUGGGCUGGGCUGCUCCGCAACCGCUGCUUCAUGGAGGAGAACUUCACAGUACAAGGUGACAUUGUCCUGCCCCCUUAUUACCAACCAGAGGAAGAUGACGAGAUGCCCUUUAUCUGCUCGCUGUCAGGAGACAAUGGAAUUAUGGGCUGUCACGAAAUACCCCCACUGAAGGAGCGAGGCCAUGAGUGUUGUUUGGACAAGGAUGAUUAUUAUUAUUACAAUUCAGUCCGGCAGGAGUUCAAUAUCAGUGGCAUGUGUGUGAACUGGAACCAGUACUACAACGUGUGCCGCACCGGCAACGCCAACCCGCACAAGGGUGCCAUCAACUUUGACAACAUUGGCUACGCCUGGAUUGUGAUAUUUCAGGUGAUCACACUGGAAGGGUGGGUGGAGAUCAUGUACUAUGUGAUGGAUGCCCAUUCCUUCUACAAUUUUAUCUACUUUAUCUUGUUGAUAAUCGUGGGCUCCUUCUUCAUGAUCAACCUGUGCCUGGUGGUCAUCGCCACACAGUUCUCGGAGACCAAGCAGCGGGAGCACCAGCUGAUGCAGGAGCAAAGGGCCCGCUACCUCUCCUCCAGCACCGUUGCCAGCUACAUGGAGCCGGGAGACUGCUACGAGGAGAUCUUCCAGUACGUCUGCCACAUCCUGCGCAAGGCCAAGCGCCGCACCCUUGGGCUGUACAACAGCGUGCAGAGCUGGCGCCAUGGCCACGUGGAGGAGCCCAGCGACGCCAAACCCGGCGUGAGCAGGAAAAGCCAGAGGCACUACAGGGUUUGCCAGCAGCACAACUCUCUUGGCUGCCCUCCUCAGGGCUUAGUCCAGCCCAUCGCUGUGACAGCAACCUCUGAUCCCACCAACUGCCCCCGAUGCCAUAGGGCAGAGCAUGAAGCAUCCAGGAGGCUCUCAGUCCUGGACAGCGCUGGCUCAGACCAGGAGGAUGGAGGAGCCAGUGAAGGGGACGGAGAGGGCAGCCAAGAGGACCAGGGUGCCUCAGCGCUGGAGAAGGAGGAGGAGGUGGAAGAAGGAGGACGGCUGAAGCUCUGCAGUGAUAUGUGGCGAGAAGUGAGGGUCAAGCUUCGAGUGAUUGUGGACAGCAAGUAUUUCAACCGUGGGAUCAUGAUUGCAAUCCUAGUGAACACCAUCAGCAUGGGCAUUGAGCACCACGAACAGCCAGAGGAAUUGACCAACAUCUUGGAGAUCAGCAAUGUUGUCUUUACAAGCAUGUUUGCCCUGGAGAUGAUCCUGAAACUUGCUGCUUUUGGUCUCUUUGAUUACCUUCGCAACCCCUACAACAUCUUUGACAGUAUCAUCGUCAUCAUCAGCAUCUGGGAGAUCAUUGGCCAGGCAGACGGGGGCCUCUCUGUGCUGAGGACGUUCCGACUCCUCCGGGUGCUGAAGCUGGUGCGUUUCAUGCCUGCGCUGCGCCGCCAGCUUGUGGUGCUGAUGAAGACUAUGGAUAACGUAGCCACCUUCUGCAUGCUCCUGAUGCUCUUCAUCUUCAUAUUCAGCAUCCUGGGAAUGCAUAUCUUUGGUUGCAAGUUCAGCCUCAGGACAGACACAGGAGACACAGUUCCUGACCGAAAGAAUUUUGACUCCCUGCUCUGGGCCAUCGUCACCGUCUUCCAGAUCCUAACCCAGGAGGACUGGAAUGUUGUUCUCUAUAAUGGCAUGGCCUCCACCUCGCCGUGGGCUUCCCUCUACUUUGUGGCUCUCAUGACAUUUGGCAAUUAUGUACUCUUCAAUCUGCUGGUGGCCAUUCUUGUGGAAGGGUUUCAGGCUGAGGGUGAUGCCAACCGGUCAUACUCAGAUGAAGAUCAGAGUUCUUCAAACAUGGAGGAGUUUGAUCAGUUCCAAGAGGUCCAGGAAGGCUCAGAUCCCAAGCUCUGUGCAAUUCCUGUGACCCCUAAUGGGCACUUGGACCCAUCCUUGCCCUCUUCUAACCCACCAGUGGCUGCUGGGGGGGUCACCAACUCUUCACACAACUCACUGCAGCUUGACCAGAUCCGUGUGGCUGUUGGCUCCCGGAAGAGCAGUGUGAUGUCCCUGGGGAGAAUGACCUAUGACCAGCGGUCCUUGUCCAGCUCCCGCAGUUCCCACUAUGGUGCCUGGAGCCGCAGCGGAGCCUGGGGAAGCCGUCGCUCCAGCUGGAACAGCCUGGCCCGGGGACACAGCCUGAAACACAAACCUCCCUCAGCUGAGCAUGAGUCCCUCCUGUCUGGGGAAAUGCACAAGGCAGCAGAUGGGGAGCCGGAUGGGACAGGAAGGGUGUUUCAUCACCGCCGGACACUCUCUCUGGAUAACAAAGGCUCCUGUGACCUGCUGGAGUUGGCCUCGGUCCCUUCUGGACACAGAGUGACCCAUAGGCUGGGAGCACCGCCUGGGGCCAGUGAGCAUCAGGACUGCAAUGGCAAAAUGCCCAGUAUUGUCAAGGAGAUCUUCCCAAAGAUGAACAACCACAAAGAAGGGGGAGAGGAUGAUGAAGAAAUAGAUUAUAGCCUGUGCUUUCGCAUCCGGAAGAUGAUGGAAGUCUACAAGCCAGACUGGUGUGAGUUACGGGAAGACUGGUCCAUAUAUCUCUUCUCCCCACAGAACAGGUUUCGCCUCCUCUGCCAAACCAUCAUUGCUCACAAGCUCUUUGACCACGUAGUGCUGGCCUUCAUCUUCCUGAACUGCAUCACGAUUGCCCUGGAAAGACCCCAGAUUGAACACAGAAGCACGGAAAGAAUCUUUCUCACUGUGUCCAACUACAUUUUCACAGCAAUCUUUGUAGCUGAGAUGACACUGAAGGUGGUCUCUCUAGGCCUGUAUUUUGGGGACCAGGCUUAUCUCCGCAGCAGCUGGAACGUCUUGGAUGGCUUCUUGGUCUUCGUGUCUCUCAUUGACAUUGUGGUUUCAGUGGCCUCUGCUGGCGGUGCCAAAAUUCUGGGAGUGCUGCGAGUGCUCCGGUUGCUGCGCACCCUACGUCCCCUCCGAGUCAUCAGUCGAGCCCCUGGCCUGAAGCUGGUGGUGGAGACACUCAUUUCUUCCCUCAAGCCCAUAGGAAACAUUGUCCUCAUCUGCUGUGCUUUCUUCAUCAUCUUUGGCAUCCUGGGUGUGCAGCUUUUCAAAGGCAAGUUCUACCACUGCCUGGGGGUCGACAUCAGGAACAUCACCAACCGGUCUGACUGCGUGGCAGCCAACUACAAGUGGGUGCACCACAAGUAUAACUUCGACAACCUGGGACAGGCUCUGAUGUCCCUCUUUGUUCUGGCUUCCAAGGAUGGCUGGGUGAAUAUUAUGUAUAAUGGACUAGAUGCUGUGGCUGUUGACCAGCAGCCAGUGACCAACAACAACCCCUGGAUGCUCCUCUACUUCAUUUCCUUUCUCCUCAUCGUCAGCUUCUUUGUGCUCAACAUGUUUGUGGGGGUGGUGGUGGAGAACUUCCACAAGUGCCGGCAGCACCAGGAGGCUGAGGAGGCGCGCCGGCGGGAGGAGAAGCGCCUGCGACGCUUGGAGAAGAAGCGAAGGAAGGCGCAGCGUUUGCCGUACUAUGCUACCUACUGCCACAUACGCCUCCUUAUUCAUUCGGUCUGCACCAGCCACUAUCUGGACAUCUUCAUCACUUUCAUCAUCUGCCUCAACGUGGUCACUAUGUCCUUGGAGCACUACAACCAACCUGUGUCCCUGGAGACCGCCCUUAAGUACUGCAACUACCUGUUCACUACAGUCUUCGUGUUUGAGGCAGUCCUCAAGCUGGUGGCGUUUGGUCUGCGACGAUUCUUCAAAGACAGGUGGAACCAGCUAGAUCUGGCCAUUGUGCUGCUGUCUGUCAUGGGCAUCACAUUGGAAGAGAUUGAAAUCAACGCUGCUCUCCCUAUUAACCCCACUAUCAUCCGGAUCAUGAGGGUGCUGCGUAUUGCGCGGGUCCUGAAGCUACUGAAGAUGGCCACAGGGAUGCGAGCGCUGCUGGAUACAGUUGUUCAAGCCCUGCCACAGGUGGGAAACCUUGGACUCCUUUUCAUGCUCCUCUUUUUCAUCUAUGCUGCUCUAGGAGUGGAGCUCUUUGGAAAACUGGUGUGCAAUGAUGAGAACCCCUGCGAGGGCAUGAGCCGCCACGCCACCUUCGAGAACUUUGGGAUGGCCUUCCUCACGCUUUUCCAGGUGUCAACGGGUGACAACUGGAAUGGGAUCAUGAAGGAUACCUUGCGCGACUGCAGCCACGAUGACCGGAGCUGUCUCAGCAACCUGCAGUUCAUCUCCCCACUGUACUUUGUCAGCUUUGUGCUCACAGCCCAGUUUGUCCUCAUCAAUGUGGUCGUAGCUGUGCUCAUGAAGCAUCUCGACGACAGCAACAAGGAGGCCCAGGAGGAUGCAGAGAUGGAUGCUGAGCUUGAGAUGGAAAUUACUCAUGGGCUGUGCUCCCACAAGUCAGGCUCUCCAAAUUCAGGACAGGGAAAAGGAGCAGGAACAGGAGGAGGUGGUGGUAGAACAGAUCCUGAAGGACAUCUGUGCGUGAGAUGUUACUCUCCAGCCCAGGAGAACUUAUGGCUGGACAGUGUCUCUUUAAUUAUUAAGGACUCCUUCGACGGGGAGUUAAUGAUCAUCGAUAACCUAUCGGGCUCCGUCUUCCAUCAUUACUCCUCGCCGGCCAUGUGCGAGAAGUGUAACCAUGACAAGCAAGAGGUCCAGCUGGCUGAAAUGGAAGCAUUAUCCCUCAACUCAGACAAGUCCUCUUCCAUCCUUCUAGGAGAUGAGUCAGACAAUCGAAACGCUGCUCAGCUGAGUCCUAAGGAGAUCAAGGAUGGUCAGAACAACCCUGACUCCAGUGGGGCAGACAGUCUGGGGGAAUGCCUGCUCCCAGCAUCCAGUGAGGAUGGCUCUACAAACCCAGACAGUUACCUGUGUGAAAUGGAGAAUACUCCUUUCAACUCAGUUCAGUCUUGGCUAAAGCAUGAAAGUACCAAAGUCCCUCCCAGCCCCUUCUCUCCAGGUGCAUCUUCCCCUCUGUUACCUGUACCAGCAGAAUUUUUCCACCCAGCCAUCUCUGCCACCCAAACAGGGCCUGAGGAAGUCUCAUGUCCACGCAACCUUCCUAAGAUCUCUCUGCAAGGCUCGUGGGCAUCACUGAGAUCUCCAGGUGUGAACUGCUCACUUCUCCAUCAGCCCCCCGAGAGCGACACGUCGCUGGACAGCCGGAGCAGCAGCUCGGCCGGCAGCCUGCAGACCACGCUGGAGGACAGUCUCAACCUCAGCGACUCUCCCCAGUGCACGCUGGACCUGCCGGUGGCUCUGUGCCCCGUGCCGGCGGCGGGCAGCCAAAGACCCCUGGCAGCGCCGCUGUCCCCCGCCUCCCGCCGCCGGAGCCUGCGGGGCCGGGGGCUCUUCAACCUGCGGAGCCUGUGCCGCCACCAGCGCAGCCACAGCAGCGGCGGCAGCACCAGCCCCGGCUGCACCCACCACGACUCCAUGGACCCCUCGGAUGAGGAGGGGGCCGGCAGCAGCCUGCGCGGGGGUGGCAACAACAGCGAGCCCUCGGAGACGCUCAGCAGCCUCUCGCUGACCUCGCUCUUCUCGCCGCCCCCACCGGGGCUGACCCUGGUGAAGAAGUGCAGCAGCACCAGCAGCCUCCACGCCAGCCCCUCGCCCCGCCGCCCCGCCGCCCACCACGCCAAGCCCUUCUACACCGUUGACCCUCGGGGCUUCCUCUCGAUGCCCUCCUGGGUGACGGACUUCUGCAAGGACACCCCCUCGCCCAGGCAAGGAGAGGAGCCAGAUGGCCCCGGCAGACUGGGGACAGGGGACCGCAGCUCCCCGCACCCUUCCGAGCUGGAGCUGGGCGACGGAGUCAGCAAGAGGAACAGAUGAGGGUCCCUGAGGUGCAGGGAGAGAGCAUUCGGCUGCUGGCAUGGGGAGCAUGUUUCACUAGCUUCUCCCUGGCAGCAAUUCCAAAGGAUUUGCAAGAAAAAGAAACAGGCAAACAAAAAUUUAUAAAUAUAUAUAUAUAUACGUAAAUAUAUAUAUAUAUACAUAUAUAUAUAAAAUAAAUAUUCUGGUACCGUACCUCAGAGGUGUGGGAGAGUGCAAGCAAUACGGGAACAGUCCUGCCUGAGGGCAAGAGCUGGACCAUCACCCCAGAGACUAUAGUGACAAGAAAAGGCCAUGGGGCUGGUAGGGACAGGACCCUCCAGCCAGGUGACUGCCACGUGGCAGCUGUUUAGUUAUAUACAUAUACAUAUAUAGAGAGAUCGAUUUAUUUAUUUUUUUUACUGAGAGAUUAUGAAUUUCAGAAAGUGCUAAGGAGGAACAAGAGAAUGGAGGGCCUGGAGGAGCUGCUACACCAAACCAUGAGCGUGGGGGUGAAGGGAAGGGAAGGGAAGCAGGGUGACCAGCACGGGAAGAGCAUCUGUGGCUUGCCUUGUGUGUUUCUGGGAAUUUCCUUAUUGUCCAUGCUUCCAUUUCCAAGGUUAAAAAUUGUGGGCCAGAUCUUCAGGGUGAGUGUAAAUUGGCAAAACGUGCUGUUGGUGUAAAGCAGCACAGCUCUGGCUUGAGGUGGAUUCAUGCUGAUUUACAGCAGGUGAAAAUCUGGCCCCAGCUACAGAGAAAAGCAAAUAGCCAUGGAGCACAGAGAAAUGUUUUGAGGUGAAAAGCCUUGCUUUGAAGGGAAUGUAUGAACACAGCAGGCACCGCUCAUGGAAGGAGGGAUGGAGGCUACAUGGCUUAUCUUUGUUGUUGUUUUGUUGGGUUUGGUUUUUUCAUUUUCCAAAGAAAGGCAACUACAAAGGAAAAAAAUUACAAGGCUCCUGGGGAUAUUUGGAGUGGGAGAGGCAAGGUCAAAGGGAAGAGGGAGGUAAAAAGUGGAGAUGAAAUGGAACUUUUCCCCCUUUUAUUUGCGGUAAUUGUGAUAUUUUAUUUUAGAAGCCCAAAGGUGCAAAAAUUAUCCCUAGAGAAACCUAUCUGUUAUUUUUGUAUCUAUAGCUAUAUAUAUUAAAAGAAUACAAAAACUAGAAUAUUAAAAAAGACAUAGAAGCAAAGGGGGCUUCAACAACACAAAACGCAGUCACUCCCUUGGCUGAGAGCUAACCCUGUUCCAAGUUCCAGUAGGAAGACCCUACAAGGACAUCCUCAGCUCAGUGGUGGCUCUGUCUCCUCUCUAGCAUCAUCCUCCGGCAUUUUCCUGGUUUGCAUCAGUGUACCUGGGACCAUAGUCCUGCUCAGUGCCAACCAUGGACGUGGAGAGCAGCAAAUACUGGAGUGUGUGUGUGUGUGUGUGUUUGUGUGUGCAUGCCAUUGUAAGGAUGCUGAUGUGUGUUGUGUCCAAGCCAACUGGCUCACCAGCUGGAGAGAUGGGUGAGAGGGACAAGGAGAACUGCAGCUUUCCUUGUCUCUGCCUUGCAGGGCAGUGGGAGUGGGGAGGACUGCGGUGUGGAGGGGGAAGGCAGAACGACCCCUCAAACCACGACCUGCCUCAAGAUCCAGGAUCCUGUCCAGCAAACACGGCCCUCUCCCAGCAUGGUUGCAGCAAGGCUUCCAGAGGCUGCAUCCCUCCUUGCUUUUCCAGUGGUACAACUGCACAAGUCUCCUUCCUGGCAGGGCCAGCCUUCUUCUCCUCCUGCAGCAACUCCAAGGUUUUGUACCCUUCUCAGAUUUGCAAGUGGGUAGGAAAACCAGCCACCCAAGGGAAACAAAGAAUUUUGUAUGUCAUGUACCACCCCAGGGAUGUUCCACUCAGGUGUGUCAGAGAAGACAGACUGGGAAGGGCAGGGGGGAGAUGAUAGCAGCCCAAUGGAGACAGGAAUGUUUAGAGCACUGGGGAAAAGGAGCAGGGCUCCCUGUCCCCAUCAGACCAAGAGGGCCUCUGCUGCCCUCACAGAGGUCUCCCAGCUGGCAUACGAAGCAUUGUGAAGAGGGCAGCACAAAAGAUGUUCUGAUUUUAUUGUGACCUGACUGACUUUAAAGCAGCUGCUGCAUCUUACGAACCAGGGUUGUAAACAGCGAGCACAUCAGUUGGGACCAGCAGCCAGGAAAAGGAUAAUUCCUGUGUGGACUUCAUUCAUUUGCUCUGUUGCAAGCGUGCAUGCUGACUGCAAGGAGGUCAGACCUGCGAGGAGAGGACAGGAGAGCCUGGGUCCUCGUCCUUGCAGAAAGGAUGCAAAUACAGAUUUAUUAAAGCAAUAAUAAGGGUCUUUAAA